AGACAGAAAAACAGAAGACACAGAGACACCUCAGCAAGUUAUAUUGAACUGAACUCUCCAUCCAUCCAGACAGAAACAGAGAGACACCUCAGAAAGUUCUAUUGAUCUCUCCAUCCUCCACCUGAACCAUGUCUGGAAACAAGAACGGAUACUCCACCACCUCUCAGAAGCACCGUAACUUUGUCUCUGAGCCGAUGGGGAACCGGUCUGUGAGGGACGUACCUGGGAUCGGACCUGUACAGGGCCGCAGGCUAGAGGAGAAGGGCAUUAACAGGCAAGUGCACUACAUAGGAAUACGGUGCCAUUACCAGGUAGGUACACUGCAUAAGAAUACGGUGCCAUUACCAGGUAGGUGCACUGCAUAGGAAUACGGUGCCAUUACAAGGUAGGUGCACUACAUAGGAAUAUGGUGCCAUUAUGGUGCCAUUACAAGGCACUACAUAUAACGGGCCGCCACAAGCUGGUGAGAGUAGACAACAACACAUCACUGAUGGGCAUCCCCAAACUAUUGAGAGUAGACAACAACACAUCCACCAUGCUGACCCUCAACAUGAGGAUCCCUCAGGGGUGAGUGCUUAGUCCCCUCCUGUACUCACUGUUGACACACGACUCCAACACCAUCAUGAAGUUUGUUGACGAGACGACGGUGGGAGGCCUAAUCACCAACGAUGAUGAGACAGCCUAUAAGGAGGAGGUCAGAGACCUGGCAGUGUGGUGCCAGGACAACAAACUCUCCCUCAACGUGAGCAAGACAAAGGAGCUGAUCGUGGACUACAGGAAACAGAGGGACGAGCAUACCUUUAUUCACAUCGACGGGGCUGUAGUGGAGCGGGUCGAAAGUUUCAAGUUCCUUGGUGUCCACAUCACUUAGUAUCUUUCAUGGUCCAAACACACCAAUACAGUCAUAACGAGGGCAUGACAAUGCCUCUUCCCCUUCCCGAGGCUGAAAAGAUUUGGCAUGGGCAAUCAGAUCCUCAAAAAGUUCUACAGCAUCUUCACUGGCUGCAUCACCUGUUGUUACUGCCACGGCUUGGCAUCCGACCGCAAGGUGCUACAGGGGGUUGGGCCAACCUCCCUGCCAUCCAGGACGUUUAUACCAGGCGGUGUCAGAGGAAGGCCCUAAAAGUUGUCACAGACUCCAACCACCCAAGUCAUAGACUGUUCUCUCUGCUACCGCACGGCAAGCGGUACCGAUGCACCAAGUGUGGAACCAACAGGACAGCUUCUAUUCCCAAUCCAUAAGACUGCU